AUGUCAUGGCUUGCUUGUGCCACCACAUUGCUCUUCAUGUUGCUAUGGUCUUCCAGACCAAGCCUGACAAAUGCUGCCACCAGAGGCGAGAUGAUUAGGGCACGUUCUGGUGUCACUGCCACUGAUGAUACUCAGUGCUCCAAAGUUGGGAGGAAUGUUCUUCGUGAACAAGGCCAUGCUGUGGAUGCAGCAGUGGCUGCUGUUCUCUGCUUGGGUGUUGUGAACGCAGCUGGAAGUGGCCUUGGUGGAGGUGGAUUUAUGCUUGUCAAGAUAGCCAAGGGGGAGGCGAAGGUGUUUGACAUGAGAGAAAUGGCGCCUAAGCAAGCAUCCCAGGAGAGAGUGCAAGCAUCCACCAUCAUCGAAGAAGGAGAGGUAUGUAUUGAAGGUGAUGGGCACCUUGCCCUCGAACAUGGUGGAGGUGAGCUGGUGGAUCUUAGUGGAAAUCCCGGAGAGAAGGGAGGAGAGGUGUUGUCAAGGGAUGUUUGGCACGCGCGUGAGAAAGUAUUGUUGGGCACCCCUUUAGACGCUGCCUCAGGUGCAUACAGAGGUGAGACUGAGCGUGUGGGGCACGCUAUUUUGGAGAGCUCCAAUGGUCACCUAGAUUUGGAAAUCGGGGACAUUGCAUCUGCACAGGCUAGUAGGCGAGCUGCCCAGGCCAGCAGGCGAGCAGCCCCUGUGGUGAGUGAGGAAGACGAGGAGCUAGGCAUUGACUUGAUGGGCGCUACAUCUGCAUAG